AAAUAAAAUAUAUCUAAUGCAUGUAAAGAUUUGCUGCUUAAAUACAUUCACAAACAAUGCAGGUCCAGACUCUCAACCUUUAUGAUGUUGAGUGUCCCACACCAGCCUCAUCACAUCACCUAGUAGAAUCACUGUGUUCUAUGCCAAACCUGACUAACCUGACACUUGUAAGGAAAAUCAAUGACGAGCUCUGCUCUGCUUUGAAAGCAAAGGCAUCAUCCAUAAAGGUCCAGACUCUCAAGCUUGAUUAUGUUGAGUGUCCCACACAAGCCUCAUCACAGCACCUAGUAGAAGCACUGUGUUCAUUGCCAAACCUGACUAACCUGACGCUUAAAUGGAAAAUCAAUGACGAGCUCUGCUUUGCUUUGAAAGCAAAGGCAUCAUCCAUACAGGUCCAGACUCUCAAGCUUGAUUAUGUUAAGUGUCCCACACAAGCCUCAUCACAGCACCUAGUAGAAGCACUGUGUUCAUUGCCAAACCUGACUAACCUGACGCUUAAAUGGAAAAUCAAUGACGAGCUCUGCUUUGCUUUGAAAGCAAAGGCAUCAUCCAUACAGGAUUGUUUUCCUCAGAUCAGGAAGGGAAACUUCAGGUUCAAUGGAGUUGCUCAAGAUGACUUGAACUCAUUUCUUCACACCCUCCCAUAUUUGGAAUGGUUCAAUGACGUGAACUGCUCAAGUGACUCGGCCAACUUAGGCAACUCUAAUGGCUCUGACAACUAA